GCUGCCAUUCAAGCAGCAGCACAGUAACUUGAUCAGCACAUCAAGAAGCGCAUCAGCCUUCCUGCACCCCUUUCCAAGACAGACGGCAGACCUCUAUCACAGUCGAAUGGCUGCCAGUGUUCGCUCACGACCCAAUUGCCUCUAGUCCGCCAAGCAACUCUACCCGGCGUCACCAUGUCCCACCUCAACGUCCUCUCCCCGCGCUCCCGCCCACCCUCAUCAGCCUCCAACGUGCUCUCCCACUCAGAAUACAACCCCUCUUCCUCCCGCACCGACAUAUACGCCUCCCCCCGCGACGACGACGACGACCACGAUGAGGAGGAGUCAGACGAAGACACCCCGCUCCCCUUCCCGGCCGCGCUCUCCCGCGCGGACUUCCUCGCCCCCGACUUCGACGCGGCGGCCUACCUCUCGGCGCUGCACACGGGCGGGCCGGCGGCGCGGCACCAGACGCUGGAGGACCUGCGGGCGGAGCUGCGCGACCGCAGCGCGGCCAUCAGCGCGGAGCUGCUGGAGCUGGUCAACGCCAACUACGCCGCCUUCCUCGGGCUCGGCGGCGAGCUGCGCGGCGGCGAGGAGCGCGUCGAGGACGUGCGCGUCGCCCUGCUGGGCUUCCGGCGCGCCGUCGAGGAGCUGCAGGCGCGCGUCCGCGAGCGCAGGCUCGAGGUCGCCCGGGUCAACCGCGAGCUCGGGGAGGUCAAGGGCGCGGUCGAGCUGGGCAGGCGCAUGUUGGAGCUGGAGGAGAGGGUGAGCGCGCUGGAGGGGAGGCUUUUGGUUGAGAGCGUCGGUAAAGGGAAGGGGAAGGGUAAGAAGGUGGGGCAUGGGGGUGAGGAUGGCAAGGGGCAUAAGGAUGAAGAGGAGGAGGAGGAGGAUGAUGAUUACUGGGCGGAGGACCUUGACUCCGUCGGGAGUGAUGAGGACGAUGAGGAGACAGAGGAGGAUGGUGGAGGCGUUGGGUUCGUGAGCAGCAGCCCGUCGAAGCUGGCCGCGAUGGCGAGAGAGUAUGUCUUGAUAGAAGGGCUUGCCAACUCGAUUGGUCGGGACCUGCCGUUCGUAAAACGGAUGGAGGAGAGGAUGGCGCGGUGCCGCAACACUAUAUUGCUCGACUUGAGCACGGCACUCAAAGAGGCGCGCAGGGCCGGGCCGAAGGGACAGGGGCGUGUGCUCAGAUACCUGGGCAUAUACAGGGUCCUCGACGCGCAGGCCGACGCGGUCAGGGUGUUGAAGGAGAAAUCACGUCACCAAUGAAAUCACAAUCAGAAUCCGAUUCCAAGCCAUCCGACACGCUUUGUU